AGGAGGGGAAUAAGAAUUCAGUUGCUUUGGUUGAGCAGAUUGUGUCCGGCUCUAGGAUAAAAACAGUCUGAAUGAGAGUUGUGAGAGUGGAAAACUUGAAUUUCAUACAUACAUAUCAUGGAACCAAUUUCCCCUGAAUUUCAAAACCAAAGAGGGGUUUGGGGAAAGAUGCCAUCCUUUAGUUUUCCUGCAUCAAAAUUUGCACUUUGGAAUCCAGCUCCUAUUGGAGAAAGCACUGUUUCUCACAUAAGUUAUAGGAAUCCCAAAGUAAUAAUUGCUGAAAAAACACUGCGGCUUGCCCAUCGUCAUGCUAAGCAAAGUAGAAAGAAGCCGUUCACCUGUUUUUUAGUUGGCACUCUUGCAGUAGAUGAAAAUGGUGAACGUGUAUUGCUAACAGUAGACCGUUUUGAUCCUGGUCGUGAAGAACCAAAUGGUUUGGGGAAAAUUCCCACAGCACCCCUUCCUGGAGACUUUUUCAUCCCAUGCAGAAUUGGUGCUUCAGAAUGUUCAACAAAUGAUACCAUAGUACACACCUUUGAGGAUUUUAACUUAGCGUUUAAGAUACUGCAUCAGAAUCUGAACAGCCAAGAUUCUUUGGAACUUUCCAAAGUGCUGACCUUAAGAGUUCACAUCUCUUCAGUGGAGAAUAUGGACAACUUAAAUUUUGAUUUUCACUGGGCAGCAGUUACGAUGGCCAAUGUUUUAAAAUGCACUCCUGUGAAACCUAUCCCAAUAAUUCCUACAGCCCUUGCUAGAAACCUAAGUAGCAGUAUGAGUAUUACACACAUCCAAGGAACUUAUAAAUAUGGUUAUCUUUCAAUGGAUCAAACAAGGAAACUUCUUUUAAUUCUGGAAUCAGAUCCCAAAGCAUGCACAUUGCCUCUGAUUGGCGUCUGGUUGAGUGGACUAGUUCACAUUCAUAAUCCACAAGUUUGGGCCUUUUGUCUGCGAUACUUAUACAGUUUAUCAAUCCAAGAGAGGGUGUUUUCUGAAACAGGAAGGUUUCUUGUAGUUCUUUUUGCUCUGAAUCAUAAAGAUCCAAAGUUUUAUGAAUGCUUGCCUUAUGAUGGGCGUACUGAACUAGACUUCCAGCUACUUACAUGCAAAGAAACAUUACAUCUGUUCAAAGAAGUAGAACCUUCAGAUAAAUACCCUAUCCAGUUUGAACUGAACUCAGAAAAUAUAAAUGCAGAAACAGAAUUCUUCAGAAAAAUUUCAAAAAACAUUCCCAUAAACAGUUUAUCCGUAGAUUGUUCACCCAAUAAACUUUCUGUCAGUGAUCAUGACUCUGGUGUGGAAGACGAUGUAUCUCCAAGACCUUUUCCCCGUCCUCAUCCCAUCAACCAACUGAUGACUGAGAUCCAUCCUUCAGUUCCUGAGCUGUCCAUUGUACUUGAAGGCAUCUCCACAGAAUCUGUACCAACAUCCAAACAUGCUGUGAUUAAAAAUCAAUCUUCAUUAGUACACCAACCUGCUAAGAUGGCAUACUCUGUAGCGCAUGCUCCCCAGCAGACUCAGAGCUCUGACGCUGGAAGACAGAUCUUUGCUUUGGCUGCCAGAGAGCCUCCUCCAAAGCAAAUACCAAGUCAUCUGAAACACAGGCUUGCAUCUUUAAAACCUAACAAAGGACUGCAGUCUCCACUACAACUGCAGUCCAGUCCAGCUGGCUCUCAAGCAAAAAAGGGCUGUGUACCUACUUCUUCUCCUUCAAUAUCCUGUAACGAAUUUCCACAAAAUACAUCUCUGCUUCAAGGUGCAAUUCCUUCUGAAAGACCCUUGGCAAAUAGUGAUGAUGUUCCACAGAAAGGAGAACUUUCUACUAAUGGCUUUUCAGCACAAAAAUCUAACAAACAAAAUCUAACUCCUGUGGUUUCCCAGUAUCCCUGGCAUGCUUGUACACUAUCACCAUCUUAUUUGCGAAGACCUCUGGGAGUUCGGGUACCAAUUCAAGGUCCAUCAUGCUGUUCUCCUUGUAUUUGCAACUGUCAGCAAUAUGGCCAUAUACAAUAUAAUCCAGCAAAUGUUUGGCAAGGUUUGUGUAAUGACAGCCCUGAAAAUCAUUCAGGUCCUACCCAGGAGAGUACAAAAUUAAUGUUCCAUCAGAAUCAAGAAUAUGUAAAUGGCGGCUGCAAUCCAGUGUAUGCCACAAGUAGCCCUAUUAAUGUAGGCCAUCAUGGAAUAAUAGGGAAUUGUUCUGUUAAUAAUAACACAUCCGCUGCAGUAAGAAUGUCAUCUCCAGUAAAUCCUGGUAGUGCACAGUCACAUACAACACAUUCAGCUUGUAUGCAUCUUCCUGCUGCAAAUGCCGUAUCAGAUAAUGAAAUGGAAUUAUCUUCAGAUGUUUACAGAAUUCUUGGUGAACAGCAUAGGCAAAUCAAGCUACUACAGGCUCAGAUCCAGCAGCUUUUAGAGGCACAAACUCUUCAUUCCUGUGCUUCCAGAUCCAUAGAAAACAAUAGCAUACAGUCUGAGAAGCAAGUAGAAUUUGUUGCUAUGGAAACCCAGUCUUCUCCAGGAUUACACAUGAAGAAAAGUAUCAGCAUUGCAGUGAGUACAGGUGCCAGCUUGUUUUGGAAUACCCCUUUGGAAAAGAAGAAAGAGUCUGUGAAAGAAGAUGAAGUUGAAAUUUCCAACGAAGACAUCACUAUUUCUUUGAGUGCAGAAAAGGACAGUAGUCAAACAAGCAUUGCCUCUUCAUUAAAAGCUGUUGAUAUACCCAGCUUUGUUGAUAGUGUCCAUAUUGUUGAAGGAGGAACUAAUCAGUAUUCUGCAGGCCUGUGUAAUGGACCACUUGCCAUAGGAAUUGACCAAACUUCACUGCGGAAUGAAAAUGGUAACAAAUGUUUGCAAACCAGUCUGUCAGAAGGAACUGAGAAUAAUUUUGAACCAACUGAUAAACAAAAUUUUGAGUGUACCAUUACUACCCCACCAAAUGUAUCACCUGAUGAUCAAAAAAUGUAUCAGGAUUUAUUAGGUCAGGUAAAUCGAUUUUUGAAGGAACCUGAUGAAAGUGGUCCCUCUCUGAAAGAGGAUCUGAUUAAAGAUGAAUGCACUACAUCCUUAAAAAUAAACAAGGCACAAAAAGGAAGCUCAGCAUCAGACAGGGUCCUAAGAGAUAAAGAUAGUGUUCUGAAUGCAACCUUGAAGCAAUUAAGAAACCUUGGAGUAAAUUUUGAUUCUCCUGAGAAGAUGAACAAUGUACACAAAGUGGAGAAUGCUGGUGUAUUGGCUUGUAUUAAUCCUGAAGCAAUAGUACCAGGACUAAACUAUAUCUCUUUUGCUAAUGUUGGUAUGAGUGGCUUAACUCCCACUGGAGCAGACCUGAGCAUGGAGGCGAAUGCUAUUGCUCUCAAGUACCUGAAUGAAAAUCAACUGUCACAGCUUUCUUUAAAUCAUUCAAGCCAGAGAAAUUCUGUGACUUCAUCUUUACAGACUCUCCUGCAAACUAAUACAGAGAAGUCUUUGAUGGGCCUUGGUUUAAUUUCUCCUGGCAACAUGUCUUUUGCAACCAAGAGAUAUAUGAGGAAGUAUGGCCUUCUUCAAAGCAGCGAUGGUAGUGAUGAUGAAGAGGAGCAACCAUCCGAGAACUACAAGAGCAAAGAGAGCUUAGAGCCUGUUCUGCACUUGGAUUUCAACCCUGUUUUAGAGGGCUUUGCUUCUUGGAAAGGCUCUUCUGAAAGAACUGGUGAGAAGCAGAUAAAUUUUGAUUCAGAAGACUGUAAAACUGAAUCGUCUUGUCACCUGCUGCAUUCAGAAGGACCCAUCUUAAGAAAUGUUACAAAUGCUGUUUUGCCACCCAGAAUCCUGCACCAAAAUAAUGAAACUCCGGACCCCUUUUUAAAGGAUUUAAAGCCAAAACUGAAACUUUUGCCUGGAGAAGCAGAAUUUACACAGCAUCCAGACAAAGAAAACCUAAAUGUUCACAUUGUGACUGGAACUCCACAAACUCCCUCUGUUGAUAAUUUAAAUCAAACAGAAAAUGUUAAUUUAGUAGGCACUUUUCUCGAUGUAAAACAACUCAGACAGCUACCAAAGUUAUUCUGACUUAUUUACAAAUUACUGGCAUCCCCUUUUCUUUCUUUUCUCAUGGUUCAGAAAAAUCAAGAGAUGCUGCUGGCUAAAUAUAACUUAAAAUUUUUCUUGCUGAUCAAUAAAUGGGAGAGUGGUUCCUAAUUUCAUAUUGAGAAAUACAGCAGGUUGCACAAUAAAUUUAAGUCUUUAUGCAUACUAGAAUACAUUUACAUUCCAAAUGGUCAUUGAAUAUAAUCAGGAAACUACUAGUAUAUAGGGUAUUUUUAAAGAUGUUUUUAUUAAAUCCAACAAGAAUGAAAUUAUCCAUGGUGAAGCAGACAAUGAGUUUAAAGCAAGUUUGAUUUGAAGUAUUUACCUGUUUUAACUUUUAUGAAUUUUAUUUUAUGAAUUUGAAAUAAAACGUUCUAUGAUUAUUUGUAACAAAUGCAAUUAGGAAACAAAACUAGGUUGACAAAUAAUAACCAUGUUAUUUGUAUGACUUGCCAUAAAUACCCAACA